AUGUGGACAUUUCAGGCAGACAGAUUGAGUGGAAUUGUCUCUGCUUUAGCAGCGCUUUGUCUCGCCUGCUGUGCGCAAAGCCCAUCCACUGGGAAUAUUUCUGUGGUGAAAGAGAUUGUGGACAAAUUGCUGAAGGGCUAUGACGUCCGCCUCAGGCCUGACUUUGGAGGUAACCCUGUCACGGUGGGAAUGAGCAUCCAUAUCUCCAGCAUUGACCAGAUCUCAGAAGUCAACAUGGACUACACCAUCACCAUGUACUUCCAGCAGAGCUGGCGGGACAAACGCCUAGCAUAUAGUGACCUUCCUCUCAACCUGACCCUGGAUAACAGGGUGGCUGACCAGUUAUGGCUGCCUGAUACCUAUUUCCUGAAUGACAAGAAGUCCUUUCUGCAUGGGGUGACAGUGAAGAAUCGCAUGAUUCGGCUCCAUCCUGAUGGGACUGUCCUAUAUGGCCUGAGAAUCACCACCACAGCCGCUUGCAUGAUGGAUCUGAGGAGGUACCCCCUGGACCAGCAGAACUGCACACUGGAAAUCGAGAGCUAUGGUUAUACAGUUGAUGACAUUGUGUUCUUCUGGCAAGGAAAUGAUUCUGCUGUCACGGGGAUGGAAGUGCUAGAACUGCCGCAGUUCACCAUAAUCGAGCAGAGGCUGGUCAGCAGGGAAGUGGUCUUCACCACUGGUUCAUAUCUCCGCUUAUCCUUGAGUUUCCGGAUAAAGAGGAACAUUGGUUACUUCAUCCUCCAGACUUACAUGCCAUCCAUCCUCAUCACUAUCCUGUCCUGGGUCUCCUUCUGGAUCAAUUAUGAUGCUUCUGCUGCACGAGUGGCGCUGGGGGUGACCACGGUACUUACAAUGACUACCAUCAACACCCAUCUGCGGGAGACUCUCCCCAAGAUCCCUUACGUCAAGGCUAUUGAUGUUUAUCUCAUGGGCUGCUUUGUCUUUGUGUUCCUGGCACUCCUGGAGUAUGCUUUUGUCAACUACAUAUUCUUCGGGCGAGGCCCCCGGCAGCAAAAGAAACAGAGUGAACGAAUCAGCAAGGCCAACAAUGAGCGCCACCGCUACGAAGAGAAGAGGGUGAGAGAGCAGGUUGACCCUUAUGGUAACAUCCUCCUCAGCACUCUGGAGAUGAACAACGAGCUGCUGGCCACAGACAUGAUGAGCAGUGUUGGCGACUCUCGAAACUCUGUCAUGUCCUUCGAAGGUUCAGGAAUCCAGUUCCGCAAGCAGCUGGCCUCUCGGGAUGGAUUUGGUCACCACCCAACCCUAGACCGCCACAUCCCACUGACCCACCAUGCCGCGGCCCGCAACCGCGCCAACUGCCGUCUCCGCCGGCGAUCAUCUAAGCUGAAGCUCAAAAUCCCAGACCUGACAGAUGUCAGCACCAUUGACAAAUGGUCACGAAUCAUUUUUCCAAUCACCUUUGGAUUCUUCAACCUUGUUUACUGGUUGUACUAUGUAAAUUGA